AUGUCGAAUUUCCCACCCUGUACCCUCACUCUACCCGACGGCACUCAUUACGACCUCUCCUCUCUGUCGUCAGCGAGUAACGAUUACGAAGCAAAUGUCGAGGGGAGGAGCUAUAGACUGAAUGUCUGUCGAGGAGUCGUGAGCGAAUUGUGGAAGCUUGAGAAUCCAGACCGAGUUGGAGGGUUUAUACAUCGGCUCGAUGGGGAUUUCUCGCUCGGGACGACAAACACCACUCUGAUCCCUUCUCCUUCGACUUCAGAACCUCUGCUUUUGUUACAAGACGGAUCACCCUGUCCCCAUAAUCCCUCAGAAUUAGCUUCGACAGCUAUACGUUUCAUCUGCAGCCCAUCCGACUUCAACGCAGGUACUCCCAGUCUCAUAGCGUCUCUACCUCCCAACGCAGAAGAAGGUUGUCAUUUUUUCUUCGAGUGGAGAAGUCAUGUCGCAUGUCCCACCAAUCCGAGGGCUCAGAUGAAUAGGGGUCAAUAUAUAGUCUUCGGUUCGAUACUGUUAAUCGCUAUCAUGACUUGGUUCUUGGGUCACACAUUAUAUAAUCGUCUAUAUCUCAAACGUCGCGGUCUAGACCAAUUCCCUAUCCCCUCUUUGCCCUCCUUGCCCCACAUUCGUCUCCCCUUUCAACGCAAAGAAGCCGAUCCAGGGCCAUCCUGGGGCUCUUGGCGACGUCAUGGGCAAUACACUAGCCUCCAUGCUGAGGAUCACGAUGAGACCGAAGGGCUGGCAGGGAGAUUUAGCAUUGAUGAUGAAGAUGAGAGAGAUGGCGCCCAGGAUGCCCAUCCGUUAGUCGAAGAAGAGGCGGACGCUUGGCGAAGUGGUCCCAAGACAGUCAAACAAGGCGGAGCUGUGGGAGUUCAUCAAGGUCUGGUGGAUGUAUAG